UGGACAUGUGCUCCCUCCGACCGGCACUCUUGGUCGAGCUUUCUUCUCUAUAUAAUUAACUGUGUAUACGGAAAGUAGAUUCACUCUACCCGUCAUUGGGAUCUUCCGAAAGCAGUCACAUACCCGAUUCUCGCUAUCGAUAACCCCUCCCCCUCCCCCAGCGCGCUCUCACACCGCCGGCAUUCAAUUGCAACCGCCGGACACAUUCAGGCAGCCCAUUGCUCUUCGCAGGGAGAGUCAUUCUCGUCCAGUCUAUCAACACAGCUGAAUAGUCCACCAUGGCGUCAGAAAAUUCCACCGCGAACGAUAAUCCCUAUCUCUUCGACCCGUCGCUCAUCUCCGAAGAAGUCCUCUCGAAGCUGCCCGAAGGGUACUCAUGCCGACCGCUCCAGCGGAAAGACUAUCACGAAGGCGUUCUUGAUGUUUUGACUACACUUACGACGGUCGGCAAUAUAUCCGAAGAAGGUUGGAACGAACGAUUCGACUGGAUGGCCAAGCGCAACGACGAAUACUUCAUCAUCUGCAUAACCGAUUCCGCGAAGCGCAUAGUCGGCACGGGCGCGCUCUUCAUCGAACGCAAAUUCAUCCACGAGCUCGGCAAAGUCGGCCACAUCGAAGACAUCGCAGUGACGACGGAUCAGCAGGGCAAGAAGCUCGGACUCAGGAUAAUCAACGCUUUGGAACAUAUUGCGGAGAAACUUGGGUGCUACAAGACGAUUCUCGAUUGCUCGGUUGCGAACGAGGGAUUUUACAUCAAGUGUGGAUUCAAGAGGGCGGGGCUGCAGAUGUCCUUGUAUUAUAAGGAUCAUAAGCCUAAGGGGGGUCGGUAGGAGCCUUGGGCCAGCGGGAGAUAUGGCUGGGGCUAUUUGGGCAGAUAUGAGCGGGACGGUGGUUUCCCACGAUUCAUGGGUUCAAGAUACAUAGCGAAGCAUGUGAAAGUGGAAUUGAAAUGAUUGCAAUGUUGGAGAACCUAGACGAGAUGAGAGAAUCUCGAUCAAGGAGCGGCAUAGUCGACUAGGAGCGGGUAUACCAAUAGACAGUGAUGGUUUGAAAAAUAGACUACCCGCAAUAUCCAAGGUCUGUCUUGCAAAAUUAGCCUAUAACAUAGUGAGA